AUGUGAUAUAUACACACGUAUAUGAUAGAGGGUAGGCAUAGUUAUAAUCAUGGCUCCAAAAACAAUAAGCCGACGAGAAAGUGUUGCAAGAUAAUCAGAUAUUUGUCAAUGAUUGUUUCCUCAAACCGGAAAGAAAAUUCAAGGUCGUUUUCAGUUCAAUUCCUUACACUUCUUGAGUUUCGCUUCGUCAUCACAAUACAAAUACACAUACUGAUAUGUACGCAAUACAUGAGUACCUAUAUUUAUACUAACAUCUCAUCGUGUAUCUAUAAAUCUACCUAUAUAAGCAAGAACCACACACACAUAUUCAACAUACCUAAUUACAUCUCUCUCUCUCUCUCUCUCACUCUCUUCUCUCUCUCUCUCUUGUUCUUGCUUAUUGAUCUUGUUCGGAUUCUGCUUUUCAAGAGAAAUGGUUAGCGCGACAGUUGCGAGAAACAUUGCCGGCAUUUUCGGAAAUGUCAUCUCCUUGUUCUUGUUCCUAUCUCCCAUACCAACAUUCAUGAAAAUAUACAAGAUGAAGAAGGUGGAGGAGUACAAAGCCGACCCUUACUUAGCCACGGUGCUAAAUUGCGCACUAUGGGUCUUUUAUGGCUUACCAAUAGUUCAUCCAGAUAGUCUCCUCGUGAUCACAAUUAAUGCCACAGGUCUUGCCAUUGAGCUCUUCUAUCUCGCUAUCUUCUUCUACUUUUCUCCCACCCCUCGCAAGAUGAAAGUGGGGCUAUGGCUGAUAGGAGAGAUGGUGUUUGUAGGAAUAGUAGCCACAUGCACAUUGCUAUUGUUCCACACACAUAACCAGAGAUCCUCUUUUGUUGGAAUCAUUUGUGUCAUUUUUGUUAGCCUCAUGUACAUUGCUCCUCUCACCAUCAUGAGUAAAGUGAUCAAGACCAAAAGUGUGAAGUACAUGCCGUUCUCUCUCUCACUUGCCAACUUUCUCAACGGAGUCAUUUGGGUUAUUUAUGCCCUUAUUAAAUUCGAUCUUUUCAUUUUGAUUGGAAAUGGACUAGGAACAGUAUCAGGAAUAGUACAACUUAUAAUCUAUGCUUGUUAUUACAAGACAACACCAAAAGAUGAUGAAGAAGAGGAAAAUGUUUCUAAGGCCAACUCUCAGUUACAACUCAGUGGCAACCAUGGACAAGCUAAACGAGUUUCAGCGUGAUUAUAUCUUGGAUCUAAUAUUCAAUUAGCUUUUUAUCCUUUUUUUUAUUUCUACUUUCAAGCUUCCGGAUGAUUUAACUAAAGCGUUAAGUAACGAUAUCACAUUUCUUGUGUACGUUAUCUGUGAAAUUGAAACUGUUUUUUCGUCAAAGAAAGAUAUUAACGAAUAUAUGCUACAAAUACACUUACAAUUUUGAGGAGAGUAUGCUGAGUUAAUAUGCACGAUCAAAGUUAAUUAGUCGUAAACAGGUACUCCCUCUGUCUUAUAGUAUAGAAUGUUGAAGGAAACAAAAAUUGUUAAUUUUAUAAGAUCUUUUAUAAGUUUUCAUAUGC